AUGUCCGCCACCAACCUGCAGAUCCAAGGCCGUCAGGCUUACAAGCGUGGCGACUUCGACAAAGCCCUUGAAUGCUUCAAUCGUGCUCUGGACCGGCAGCAGACUGUGCAACUGUACGAUCAACGCGCUGCAACCUAUGAGAAGCUAGCCGACUUCAAGAAAGCCCUGCAGGAUGCCAAAGCUGCCAUCAGGUCUGGUGAUGUUGAUCCGACGGGCUAUCUGCGAGCAGGCAAGAUUCUCCUCAAGAUGGAAAAGUCAAAGGCUGCACUGGAUGUCUACGCAUAUGGCCUGAGGCACGUCAAGCAUGUAGGCCAGGGAUUCGAGCAGCUCCAAAAGUGCCACGACGACCUGCUGGCGGAACUGGCGCCUACAAACAGUGUAGAUCCUCUGACUGUGCUCCCAAUCGAGCUGGCAACCUCUAUUCUCGAGUACUGCACUUUCAAACAGCGUGUUGCCAUGUGCAGAGUGAGUAGAGGCUGGCAACGCUUCAUACGGUCAUCGCCGAACCUGUGGAAACAUCUGGAUCUCGGUGCCGCGCGAUCAAAAGUCAAGGCCAGCUUCGUCAGCGUGGCCAUAAACACUGCCAAAGACAAAUUGACAGCUGCAACGCUAAGCAAGUUAUUCGAUUUUGAC